AUGUCGGCAGCGCUUGCGAGGCCCCUGACACGGGAAGCGGCUCGCCGGGCCGGUGCCGGACUUGCGCAGCAGGCUGCGAGCGUUCUCAAGGCCGUCGUCCAAGGCCCCGAGGCGGAGCCGGCGGGCUACGGAGUGGAACUUCCGCGCUUCGUGCAGGCGCUGCCCUAUCUAAGCCACACGCAACUGGUGCAAUGCUCGAGUCAUUUCGGCCAGCGUGGCCAGGCAGUUGGCGGCGUCGCUGGCGCCUUGGCGUCAGAACUCUCCUGGCGCCUCAAGCCGCGAGGAGAAGCAUCGGCCGAGUCCCGACUCAGGGAGACCUUAAGAGCCGAUGAAGUCACCACCGUGUUCUACGCCUUCUCGAAGGUUACGCCCCAGUUGCCGGAGUACCGGUUGCUGUACGAAGCGAUCAGCGACGGCCUGCUGGAGGGCCAGUGGAGCCUCAAUC